AUGGCAUCAGCAAAUAUAUAAUAAGCUAGCGAGCACAAAGAACGUUAUUGUAGCAUUUAUAUUAGAGCUGAAUAAGAGCAGCUCACUCCUUAAGAAAUUAAGACUCUUCUUAUGGGAAAAUAUGAAGAAAAGAUUAAAGGUCUUAAGUCCCUCAUUUAUGCAAUUAUUCAGGAUGAGAAUUUUGAUAAAUUGACCAUGACUAUUAUAACUUACUUGGUUCCUUAUCAAGCUGAAAACCAUGACCUCAAGAAGAUUUUGUUGUACUACUGGGAAAUCAUUGAGAAGGUCAAUAAAGAUGGUAAGCUUAAAGACGAAAUGAUUUUAGUUUGCAACAGUUUGAGAUCAGACUUGUUGCAUCCAAACGAGUAUUUAAGAGGAAGAACUCUUCGUUUGGUUUCAAGAAUUAUGUAUAAGGGUAUUUUAGAGCCUUUAAUUUCAAGUAUUAUGGAAAGCUUAAAUCACAAGCACACUUAUGUUAGAAGAAAUGCUAUUAUCGCUAUUUACUAAAUAUUUUUAAAUUUCGGUGAUGAUCUGAUUAAUGAUAUCGAUACUGAAAUGGAAAAGGUCCUCUAAAACGAAACUGAUUUGUCAACCAAAAGAAACGCUUUCCUACUUCUUUAUCAUACCAACCUUGAGAAAGCUAUGGCUUACCUCUAUUAAAUUAUUUAAGAUGAUAGAGUUGACGAAAUGGGAGACAUCAUGCAACUUUCAGUCUUGGAACUCUUUAGAAAAACUUGCAAAUAUGAUCCUAGCUAGAAAUCUAAGCUUAUGAAAUGCAUUUUAUUCUUCUAAAAAUCCCGUAGUCCUUCUGUUUAGUUUGAGUGUGCUAAUACUUUAAUAUAAAUAUCUAAUACACCUACAACUUUGAAGUUAGCCACUAAUAUAUAUGUUUAACUAUUGUUAAAUAACUCAGAAAACAAUGUUAAAAUGGUAGUUCUUGAUAAAAUUUAAUAUAUUCUCAAUAUUGAACCUAAAUAUCUUGAAGAACAAGUUAUUGAAAUUACUAAAGUAUUGAACAAUCCUUCUAACUAAAUUCGUAAAAAUGCCAUUGAUAUUAUUUCAAGCUUAACUAACUCUAGAAACGUCAGCUAUAUCUUCCCUAAGGUUGUCAAAGAAGUAAAGAAGACAAUUUCUGAAGAAAAUGGAAAGGAAUUUACUAAGAUUCUUCUUGAUUUUGUUGAGUACUGCGUUUUUAACUUUGAAAGCGUUUUAGACGAUGUUAUGAAUUUGAUCAACGAAGUAUUCUUAACUAACAGUGGCUUAAAACAAAAAACUUAAGAUCAAGUAAAAAGAAUCCUUACUGGAAUUGUUACAACCUAUCCUCAAAGCAGAGAGCGUUUGAUGUCAAAGUUGUUAGAAAGAUUUAGAGACAUCUCAUCUCCUUACAUAUACAAUGGUGUUCUCUGGAUUCUUGGUGAAUACUCCUCAGGAGAAUAAGUCACCCGUAGCUUAGAUUAAAUCUUAGAAGCAAUUGGUUCACUUCCAAUCACCUAUGUUUAAUAAACUACCGACGACCAAAAGUCAGAAGAAAAAGAAGCACCUAAACCUACUUAAAAAAAAUACAAAACAGUCAUUUUAGCUGAUGGUAGCUAUGGUACUGAAGUAAUUGAAGAAAAGGAAGCAAGAAAAUAAUCAGUUGAUGCUAGUGAACAACAAGAUUCUUAAUUCAGAAUUAUUCUUUCUCAAUAUUCUUACAUAGGUAGUAUUGCUGCCCGUACUUUACUAAAGCUGGUUUUCAAGAUCAAGCUUGAUGCUAAGAAAUACAACAAGUACACUAGCUAAAUUUUGUUAGUUUUCUGUUCUUUGAUUAGAUUGUACACUGCUAAGCAAAGCAAGAAGAAUGAAGAAUAUGAUUUAGAUUCUCUUGAAAAAAUAUACCUUGGUGUUAAGUUAUUGACUGAGCCUAAGAAGUUUGUAAAUGAAAAGAUUUAAUGGUUAGAAAGCAAUGAAAAUAUUGUGAAGCACAAAGAGAAAUUGACAAAGAGAACUGAUCUUGAACAAUAAAGAGAAGAAAAGAAAGAUUCACAUAUUGCCAAAUAGCCUGAUGAUUUAAUUGUUAUUAGAGCCUUGAAGGGUAAGCAAGCAGAAAUUGGUGAUUUAGAUUUGUAGGAUGAAGAAAUAAAUUAAAUAGAAUUUAAAGGAGUUGGAGAAGACAAUGAUUUUGCAAGCAAAUUAAAUAAAUUGGUCUAAUUAACUGGAUAUAGUGAUCCAAUUUAUGCUGAAUCAUUUGUUUACAUUCAUAAAUAUGAUAUUUAAUUCGAAACUUUGUUAAUAAAUCGCACAACCAAGCCCUUACAAAAAGUUCAAAUAGAAUUCUUCACUCAAGAAAAUGAUUAAAAGAGAGUAAUUGAGAAGGCAUAGGCUGUAACCUUAUAACCUAACUAAAGUGCUUAUGUAAAAACUUCUCUUAAAUUCACCUCAAUAGAUAUAGGAGUUAUUUUCGGUGCCAUCAACUACGAAAAUAUUGCUGGUAUUGAACAAGCUUAUUUAAUCACUAAAGAAAUAGAUAUUGACCUAAUUGAUUUCGUAUAUCCUGCAGAAAUAGAUUUUAAUUCUUAUAGAGAAAUGUGGGCUAAGUAUGAAUGGGAAAACCGUAUUGUCAUCAAUCCUCAAAAGAUCGAGAUGUUAUAAUUCUUCCUCUAAUUCAAAGAAUAAUUUAAAUUAUAUAUGCUUAACGACGAAGAGGAAAUCAAAAAUGCUACAGUAAUUUGUGUCAAUUUCUAUGCUAAGACCAAGCUAGGUGAUGAUUUCCUCAUAAACAUCAGCGCAGAGUCUCAAAAUGGUUCUGUUACAGGAACAAUUAGAAUCAGAAGUAAAGUUAAAGGUGUAGUUGUAAGCAUAGGAUAAAAAUAUAGGUAAUGA